GUGUAAAGCGUUUCAAAGUGGACAGCGACUCUGUCCACCCCGUUAGUGCUAGUCCCUAAAUCGGCAACGCGUGGAGUGAUUGCUUCUAUUAGGAAAAACUCUCCAAAGUCCAGAAUGUGGGGAGAGCCCACAUCUACCAACUUCCAGCAGCUGCUUCUCUCCUGAGGCUUUCAGAACAGGCACUCGUAUGCUCGCAAUGGAAUUAAAGAGAAUUAUAUCCAGGGCAUACCACGCUGCUGCCCUGCUCCCGGUCUUUCUCCUGCUUUGGGGUUCCACGUGCGCUGAAGAUGUCAAGAGCUGUUCAUCGUCCCCUUGUCAGAAUGGAGGGAGUUGUGAGGACUUGGGAAGGGGAUACCGGUGCGUCUGCCCUCAGCAGCCCCUAGCCUACACGGGCACGAACUGUGAACUCCUCUAUGAUGCGUGUGCUGUGCACGCGUGCCCCACCAAUAAAACCUGCCGCACAGUGCCAGGGCUCCAGGAGUAUGACUGCAUCUGCAGGCCUGGCUUCACAGGUAUCGAUUGUAGUGUUAAUAUUAACGAGUGUGAGAGCAACCCUUGCAAAGAGCCGCAUUUUGAAUGUGUAGAUAGUGUAAAUGGAUACACCUGCCAAUGCCAAACAGGACUGACCGGAGAAGGCUGCCAAACAGCAAUCUCUCUGUGCUCUAGCCAUGCCUGCCUAAAUAACGGGACCUGCGUCCAGAGUGCUGAGGAUUAUGUCUGCUUCUGCCCGCCUGGCUUCACUGGGGACCAUUGUGAGCACGACGUCAACGAGUGCGCCUCCAGCCCGUGCCAGAACGGGGCCAUCUGCCGGGACAUGGUGAACGAGUACAAAUGUUUCUGUGUGCCUGGGUUCCAAGGGUACCGCUGCGAGAUAGAUAUCAACGAGUGUGCAUCCCGGCCCUGCAAAAACAACGGCACCUGCCGGAACGAGAGGGAUCACUAUAUCUGCGAGUGCGUCCCUGGCUACACAGAUGUAAACUGUGAUGCUGAAAUAAAUGAAUGUGACUCGGACCCUUGCGAGAACGGGGGCACGUGCAGUGACCACAUUGGGUUCUUCACCUGCAGCUGUGCGCCAGGCUACGAAGGAGUCCAGUGCGAGGUGGACAUCAAUGAAUGUCUGAGCCAACCAUGUAACAAUGGUGGGAAGUGUCUUGACCUAGUUAACAGCUACCAGUGUGACUGCAGUGACACAGGCUUUGAAGGGGAGCACUGUGAGCUGGAUAUCCUCGAGUGUGCCUCCCAGCCCUGCCUGAACAGUGCCACGUGUCUGGAGGGGGUCAAGAAUUAUAGCUGUGCCUGCUGGCCAGGUUACAUGGGGCAACGCUGUGAGGAGGAUGUGGAUGAGUGUGCCACAGAGCCCUGUCACAACGGAGGUGUGUGCUUCGAACGAUCCAACCAGAGCUACUAUGGGACGCAGCCAGACUUCCCCCACGAGUUCAGCUACAGCCAAGCUGCUGGUUUCCUCUGCUGGUGCCAACCAGGCUUUGAAGGGGAGACCUGCUCCAUCAACAUCGAUGAAUGCGAGUCCCAGCCAUGUCAGCACGGAGCACGCUGUGAAGAUCUGGUUAACGGCUUCCUUUGCCAUUGCCCACCGGGAUACUCAGGUGUGGAGUGUGCCGUUGACAUCAAUGAGUGUGAAGAUGGCCCCUGCGAGCAUGGGGCUGCCUGCGAGGAUGGCAUUGCCGACUACACCUGCCGCUGCGUCCCCAGCCAGAAUGGCACUGUGUGGGGUGGGAAGAACUGCUCCAUCCAGCUCACUGGCUGCCAGACACAUGACUGCCAAAAUGAGGCCCUCUGCACCCCAACGUAUGUGGCAGGGAGCCAUGGCCACCUUUGCCAGUGCCAGCCUGGCUUCUACGAUGCCACGUGCUCAACCCCAACAACCUUCUCCUUUGCCUCCAGGACAUUUCUCCCCAUUGACAUGUCCACAGGCGAUUGGAGCAGGAAGGACGGGGCAGGGGUUGCUGUGGCCAGCGUGUCCCUCCGGUUCAGAACCACACUGCCUGAUGCCAUCCUCUUUUACCGAGGCCAGGAAGAAGCCUACCUGUUCCUGGAGCUCUCUGGUGGCACACUGCAUGCAGGGGUGCAAAGAAACAACUCCAAAUCCUCUUUGGCCUUGGCGGGACUGAAAGUUGAUGAUGGUCAGUGGCAUAAAGCUGAGGUUCUUCUGCAGGACUCAGUGGAGUUAAAGCUGUGGCACGAAUCCUGUGAUGCAGGAGUCUGCCUGCAGAGCGCUGUGGUUGGGGACAGUGCCACUCUGCUCCCACCAGCCUUCCUGAAAGCCUACGUUGGGGGGGUUGAUGGCAGCGGGAUAGCCAACACCACGCGCAGCCGGCAGGGUUACAUCGGCUGCCUGCAGGACCUGCAGGUCGAUUCCCAGGCUGUCCUUCCCCUGGAUCUCCUUCCCAAUGCAUCCUCCCUGGCAGCGCUGGGCUGUGACAGGACGGAGUGGUGCCAGGCGCAGCCCUGCUCUCAUGGAGGCUCGUGUGUGGACCUUUGGGCGACCUUUAGGUGCAACUGCUCCAGGCCUUAUGAAGGUCUCACCUGCUCAUACGAGUAUCCGGCAGCAACGUUUGGCCUGGAGGAUUCGUCCAGCUUUGCCUCUUUCACACUUGCAGAUAAUCCCAUGGCCAACUUCAGUGUCUCCUUUUUUAUCCGCACGCUGAAGCCAGAGGGCCUGGUGCUGCAGGUCCACGAUGGGACCGGACCCUGCCUCACUGUGUACCUGAAGGACGGCCGGCUCUUGCUAGAGACACCGUCUGCAGGCCCCAUGGCAUUCUCCGAAGUGCUGGCUGAUGGGAAGAGACACUUGGUGACACUCUCCUUCCGAGAAGGAGUAGCUUACAUCAGUCAUUCAGACAGAGAGGUGGAGCUCGGGCACCUGGGUGUGAGGCCUCUUGCAGUUGGCCACGAGGUGUAUGUUGGUGGGCUUCCUCAGCAAGAAAGCAUGGGGACAUGGGGAGGCUAUUUUAAAGGCUGUCUUCAAGACAUCCAGCUCAACAACCAUCGCCUGGAGCUUUUUGCUCAUCAGGCAGACAACUACAGCCUACCACGGGUGGCGUAUGUGGGACGAACUACUGGCCUCGUGCAGGGCUGCAUCUCUGACGACACCUGCAAGUCCAAGCCGUGUCACAAUGGCGGUGUGUGCACUGUCACCUGGAAUGACUUCAGCUGUAGCUGUCCAGCAAACUUCACAGGGAAAACCUGCGAGGAAAGAGUCUGGUGUGAAAGUGCCCCCUGUCCCAAAGCCACCGCCUGCGUGGAUGUCCCGGCAGGCUAUGUCUGUCUGGCGAACGCCACAUUUUAUGGCCACGCUGCCACCGAGUUCACCACCAACGCUUCGGUGACCAGAACACUCAGCAGCGUCCGCUUGGACUUCAGAACCAGGGACGCGGAUGCCAUUUUGCUUCGGGCCACUGAAGCGGUGGGCUCCCUCCAGAUCGCCAUCCAGAACUCCUCGCUGCUCGUGGAGAUGAGCAGUGGGAACAGCAUUGAGGGUGCCAGCUUCCGGAGUCGGAUGCCUGUCACCGACGGGGCCUGGCACACCGUCUCUUUGACCAUGGAGGAGCCGUCAGCACUUUCUUCACGCUGGCUGGUUCAUUUGGACAGUUCCAUGAAUGCAACUCUCCAGGGCAGGGCUGGGGACUUGGCUUUCUUGAGGACCAAUGCACUGAUUGUGCUGGCUGAGAAUUUCACAGGCUGCCUUGGAGAAGUGACCAUUGGGGAAAUCCACUUGCCCUUCACUGCCCACCUCCCUUACCCUCAGCCCGAGCAGUUCCUGCAGGCUGGGGGCAGUGCCAUUCAGCUGGGCUGCAUGGGGGCUGAUGUGUGCGGGUCAAGUCCUUGCCUCAAUGCCGGCACUUGUGAGGACCUGUUUGAUUCCUUCCGCUGUGCUUGCAGCGCAGGGUGGGCAGGCCCGCUCUGCGAGGCCAACAUCGAUGACUGCCAGGCCAGCCCGUGCGUCCACGGGACCUGCGUUGAUUUGGUGGCUGACUUCCAGUGUGAAUGUGCCCCGGGAUUUGUGGGGAAGAAGUGCGAUGUGGACGUGGACGACUGUGGGCAGCACCAGUGCCUACACAGCGGGACCUGCGUCGAUGAAGUCGCCGGCUAUUCCUGCAAGUGCCUGCCAGAGUACUCCGGCCCACGCUGCGAAUGGCCGUUUCCCCCCGAACAAUGCGGCAAAAACUUCACCUGCCUGAACGGUGGCAAAUGCACCAGUGGCCCGUGGGGAGCCAACUGCACCUGUAAGCCGGGUUUCACCGGACGGAACUGUCAAAUUAAUAUCAACGAGUGUGAUCCAAACCCGUGCCAGAAUGGAGGGACGUGCCAGGACGCGGUGAACAAGUACGAGUGUGUGUGCAGUGCAAGCUACACAGGGGAGCGCUGUGACAUUGAUCAGCCCGUGUGGGCACAUCUUAGCAACUCUUCGGUUGUGGGAGCAGUCGGGGCUGCGGGGGCAGCUCUGCUCCUGGCAGUUAUUGCAGGCUCAGUGAUUGCCAUGAAGAAAAGGAGAGCCACUCAGGGAACGUACAGCCCCAGCAGGCAAGAGAAAGACGGCGCGCGCGUGGAGAUGUGGAACGUGAUCAAGAUGCCACCGACCGAGAGGCUGAUAUAAGGACAUUCCCAGGCACCAGCUCUGCCGCAGCACUUCCGUAUGUAUUUGCUGAAGUCCGAGAUGCUUUUUUUAGGGCGUUCCUGUUCCUCUGUAGCUUCUCUAGGAUGUGGGAAGCCAUCCUCUAGUGGGAGGAAAAACCUAGUUUGGGGUUUUUGUGGUGGUUGUCCUGACUCCUGCAAACUGUAAAGCCACUGGGGCAGCACGGGCAGCAGAACAAACGAACGUUUCGCAGGGACUAUGCAGAGAGCUGUGUCUAGGCAAAACGCGCUGCAGCCUACGGGGGUGCUCGGCCCCAGCAGGAGAACAGAGGGCAGGGACCAGCUCUACGCUGCCCCUCCUUUUUCUGUCCCUUUGGCACCUGAUGGCUCACGUCAGCAGCAAUUCUCUCACUGCCACGGAGUCGGCACAAACCUCACGUUGAGCGUUAGUAGGUGACAAACAGCAGGUCAGGGAGUCUCACUAACAGAGGAAGAGUUUCCUACCUUCAUUACUGAGUGCAAUCCCAAAACCUACGUGCUAGGGGCAGGAUUUCCCUCCCACCAUGGCAAGGCCAGGACAAGGACUGACUUGUGGCAGAACUCUCCGUAGCUCCCAUGCCGCCAUUCUUCCCAGUUACAUUAUGGAAAAUUAACCCCCCCUGCAGGUGGUAGGCACUUGGACUAGGCUUAGCCUUAGGAAAGGAUCCACUAGGAGUAUUUGAACUGCCUUGAAAUGAACUGCUGAUCCCAUUACUAAAUUGUUCUGAGAAUUUGGAUGUAUACAGCAGCGGAUCACUUUAUUUGAUCAGCAUUUACCGCAGAGUGGCUCUGAGCUGCCUGGAUGCCACUUAGCUGUAACAUUGCUCACCCCGAGAUCUGCCAGAGUCGAUGCCUGACUUCAGGACUCCACCAGAGCUGCCCUGCUACGACUUGGCCCUCGUGCAUGAAGGUGACACUUGCCUGCAGAGGGUCAGCAGCAGGCCUUUGCAUCGCCAGCUGCAGUGCUCUCGGGUUGGGGUGGCCCUGCACGAAAGGGGCCGCUUAGCCCCACGUAAGAAAAGUGGUGAACUUUAACAGGCAAAUAAGUUGUGUUGGGUGAAACCUGCCACGAACUCCUCACCCACCAGGUUUCUCUGAGGACAUGCACAGUUUCCUGCGUCUCCCUGCUCCUCCUCCUCCCAUCGCUGUCGCUGCUGGGUGCAGCUUUCCCUCUUCAUCACCGUAUGCCAGGGACUGUGCAAAGAACUGAUAUGGAGCAGGCUCACAGAGGUCUGAAAUAAUUAACAUUUCAUCAUCUUUAUAACAAAUACUGGUUAGGAAGAUUUUACACAAGUAUCUGCUCUUCUCUAGAGAGCUCAGAGAUGUGAAUCCACACGCACCACACAAUGCCACUGGAGAAAAUCCUACGUGAAUUUUGCUUCUUGAAAGUAUUUAACUGUUGCCAUGAAUAUUUCUGGAUUCUAACAAACAAAGGGAAGGGUACCAAAACCAGACAGUGAGCCAGGCCACUUACCAACCCUCAUCAUCCAAACAAUAUCAGGCACAGUUUCAGUCCACGUAGCCCGAGUUACCAUUACUGAUGAGCGAGACACCUCCGUUGCAGGAAUGGUCUGCUCUAACAGUCUGUUUUCUGCCUGUGUUUUAGUGAGGUUUAACUGUGCUGCUUGCAGGUGCUCUAGCAAUGGACUGUAUCCGGCGCUAGCUGCCGCAGGGAAACUGGUUGAACUCUGCAAGUUAUGAGCACAGGGCUGGCCAGUUUGUGGCCAAGCGCAGAAGAAGGUGUGCUUUUAAUAGAGCAGCUCCUGCCAGGCAGGCCCUGCAGAGCUGAGCUUCUGGCUGGGGCUCCCCCGCUAAGGGAAGAAAUUCACUCCUUGGUCACUGCUGGUCCAGCCCUAAGACUGGAAUUGCCCGAUGGCCCUGAAGCCCCUUCUGACCAGGAGAGUGUUAGCAGGCUUGGCUUCCCGCUGGCAGGAGCAAGGGGCUGGAGCAGGCCCUGGCUUUCCUUCAGGAUGCCCAGGCAAACUUCUCGUCUUUACUUAAAAAGAAAUGUGGAAAGAGGACUUGACUGAAUCGCUGCUCUUGCAGGGGACAAACAGGUUUGUGUUGCAGCAAACGACCGCUGCAGCACUCCCGCACUGUCCCUCGAGGAGAUACGAAUCUAUGAAGCAAGCCAGUAGGUAAGACACCAAACACCAGUUUCAGGGCUAGCUGAAAACUCUGCCUACAACCCUCUUCUCUUCCUGGCUCUUCAGGAGUGAGAAUGCUGCUCGAUUUCUUUACAGGGUUAUCAAAGUAAAUUGACUCUCUUGAUUUCUGCAAGCCCCCUGAAACCAGGACUCAUGAGAGGUGCGAGACACUGACAAAGUAUUUUUAACAUUUCUGUGGGUUUUUUCCACUGUGAACUUAAUUUUCUUUUGUUAUUUAAAUUUUUGAAUAUAUUUUUUCACAAAACCGAUUUGCUACAGAUGAGAUGAUGUUCUUAAAAGACACUGGGUUUUUCUGUAAUUGUAAAUCGCAUAGACUUGUAAAGAUUAGACUGUCCCCAAGACAUGAUUUGCAAUAAAAACCGGUUCAAAACACA